AUGUCCCAACCUACACGAGCGACAAUAACAGUCGGUGCUGCAGAAGAUACUAUAUGCCGGGAACUAGUGUCUGGCAACAAGAACGCAGUCGAAGUAACCGGACUCAGUGGUCUUCCUAGAUCAGGAAAGAUAACAUCGCUAAACGAAUCGAAGUAUGAUCUAGAGGCUGGACGCCGCGCUUUACAUGCAGGCUCAGAGACCGUUGCGAAGAUGAUUCCUGGAGGUCUAGAGGCCCCAUCCUUGGUACAUCGCAAAAAGCGAAGAUGUAAUUCCGCAGCAAUCGCCUUGCUGUCUAUUUCCCUCGCACUCACUGCGGCAGCCUCUUUGGAUCCAUCUCUAAGUCACUCUGUUGCUCGUCCAACUAUCUCUUCCGUACCACUUCAACUCGACAGUGUUAUCUGCUUCGCCUACAAAAAGAGUUUGUUCACAAAUAUGGCAAGUGGCACGUCUAGCGACUCCGAUUUUGAAGGCGUCGAGAUGUCAACCACAUCGACAGUGCCUAUCGACCCGGACUCUGUCACUACAAGCUCACUGCACGCUUUACAGUCUGCAGAUCAGCGGAAAGUUAUGGAUAUCGUAGACAAGCUGCGACGUACAGGUCUCAGUGGUAUUGUGGAACUACCCCAGCUUGUAGUCUGCGGUGACCAGUCAUCCGGUAAAAGCUCUGUACUUGAGGCUAUCACCGAGAUUCCGUUUCCUCGUAAGGAAAACCUGUGUACGAGAUUUGCGACUGAAAUCAUCCUCCGUCGUUCUGCAUCGUCCACCAGCACAAUCACGAUCACUCCAGACAAGCUUCGCCCAAAGUCGGAGCAAGCCAAGCUCAAAUCGUUCAGCAAGUCCAUGAACGACUUCAGUCAGCUUCCAGAUGUGAUCGAAGAGGCGACACUAGCGAUGGGCCUAGGGGUUGUAGGUGGGAUCAAUUCAAGGGCAUUCUCUCGUGAUGUGCUGUCGGUCGAGAUCACUGGUCCAGCCAGGCCUCAACUUACUCUCGUGGACCUUCCGGGUCUCAUCCAUGCAACCAACAAAGCACAGACAGAGAUCGAUAAAGAGCUGAUCCUGAACCUGGUUAAGGAGUACAUGAAAAACCCGCGUACCAUCAUUUUGGCAGUGGUGAGCGCAAAGAACGAUUACGCUAAUCAAAUUAUUCUGGACCAUUGCCGCAAGAUCGACGACCAGGGUCGUCGUACCCUUGGCAUCGUCACCAAGCCUGACUUCCUCCGUGAAGGCACUGAUAAUGAACUGACCUGGAUCGAGUUGGUCCAGAACAAGGAUAUUUACUUGGAGCGCGGUUGGCACAUGCUUAAGAAUCGUGGUGAUAAUCAGAUGAAGUUCUCCUUUGAGCAACGCAACGCAGACGAGGACAUGUUCUUUAACAAGGGCCGCUACGCGGACCUACCCCGUGAGUGCGUUGGCAUUAACUCCUUGCGCGAGCGUCUCAGUAAAGUGCUACUCAAUCAUUUGAUCAAGGAGCUUCCUUCUUUGAAGGACGAAAUAGUUCACAAGCUUCAGGGUACAAUUGCAGAGCUUGUGAAGCUAGGCGACAAGCGCAACACCACUCAUGAGCAGCGCAUGGUUCUGAUGAAGAUCAGCAUGCGCAUCAGCGACAUCUUGAAUUCUGCUACCAAGGGCUAUUACGAGUCGUCGUUUUUCGGACCAAUCAACAAGGACGCUGCUGUUGAUGCAUCCGAGAAUAUCCGCCGCUUUCGAGCUGUGAUCCAACACCUCAACAUCACCUUCGCCAACGAUAUGCGCUUGAGGGGUCAUAAAUACGCAUUCGGAGCCGGACCUGGUGACGGAGAGGGAGAAAUCAAAGAGGAUAUAAAAGCGCAGGAAGAGCUUGGUAAUCUCGAUGAACACCGGGAGCUCAUGUCUCUUCCCAAGCCCACGAAGCUUACACGUCAAGAAGCCAUCGACUGGGUCAAGAAGACUUUGGAGCGCUCCCGUGGCUACGAGCUUCCUGGCACAUUCCAGCCAAUGCUGAUAUCACAGCUUUUCUGGGAGCAGUCCCAGCCAUGGGAGCAGAUUGCUUCUCAGCAUAUUAACACGGUUGCGACUGCUUGUAAGGAGUUCAUCGAUGUGGUUCUCCGGGAUGCCGCUCCAUCUGAGUUCAAGGGCCGGCUUACAACUCUGUAUGUGGAUGGUGCAUUAAGCAAAGCUCUUACCGGCGCGGAAGAAGAACUGCACAAGGUCCUAAAGGACAAAACUCGCCAUCCAACUACUUAUAACCACUACUUCACUACCACGGUACAGAAGAUGCGUCAACGCAAACACGAGAAAAUCACGAAGAAAGCCUCAGAAGCCUCACAAGUCAGCACGUAUGAUCGCUACAACGACAUAAGUACGCAUAUUGACCCUGGAAAGCUCUCAGAGGCCAUGAAUAAAGCGAUCGAGCUGGAUAUGGACGUCUUCUCAAGCCAGGAAGCUCUUGAUAUUGAGCGUGCGUUCUACAAAGAUGAGAUGAAGUACUUCGUCAACGCCGUCACUAAGGCUGUCAUUGAGCGCCACUUGGUCGAACCCCUCCCUGAAAACAUUCUUUCGCCUCUAGUAGUGACACAAAUGACGGAGAAAGAAAUCGAGUUCGUCGCUGCUGAGCCUCCUGAGAUCAUGCAACAGCGCCUUCGUCUGGAGUCUAGGAAAAAUAUGUUGGAGAAAGGCCUAGAAACGUUCAGAAAAGCUAUGGGUGGACUGAAGCGCUAGCUAUAUCAAACGGACAUAUCUGAUCUGAAUUUUUCGUAAUGUAGAAUAUGCUACGCUUCACUCGAGGCAGAAAAGUGACUGAAAGACUCACCGGCAGUACACUAGUAUCAUUGAUGCACAACGGCCAUCUCUGGGGCACUAACGUCCCUCCCUAUGUCGCGAGAAACCCUGCGUGCCGAGAUGCCUUCAACACUUUCAAUCACAACAAAUUGUUCUGGGGUCUGAGAACUUUCAAUCUCUCGGGAUAUGGACUCCAUAUCUUGUACUGCAC